AGUGCUGGAAAUGUGUCAGGCAUAUGCUCGCCGUGGGCGGGAGUAGACAUGUGUUUAUAAAGCUCGGUGGGGCGGCGACAGUGUGUUAAGAAGCGAAAAGAGAACGCACGACAGAGAAGCCCGUCAGUUCACCCGAUGUUAGGUAGGGGAGGCGGGUCGCCCUCUGCCGCUCCGUCUCCUCACCUGUAUGGAUGACCACUACAACCUCAUCGACUCACCCUCAGCCAGCCACCGGGGGAACAACGCCGACAACCACGGGUACGCGGAGACCGAGAAGGACAUCAUGACGGUGGUCGCCUGCGAUAACAUGCUGGAGGAAACGGCGGCGCUGCCCAGUCACCUGUCGCUGGAUCGCUACGAGCCCGACCACGAGUGCUGCGAGCGGGUGGUCAUCAACAUCUCCGGGCUGCGCUUCGAGACCCAGCUCAAAACUUUCAACCAGUUCCCGGACACGUUGCUCGGGGACCCGAAGAAAAGGAUGCGCUACUUUGACCCGCUGAGAAACGAGUAUUUCUUUGACAGGAACCGACCGAGCUUCGAUGCCAUUCUCUACUACUAUCAGUCCGGGGGGCGUAUUCGCAGACCCGUGAACGUGCCCAUUGACAUCUUCUCGGAGGAAAUCCGCUUCUACCAACUUGGAGAGGAAGCCAUGGAGAAAUUUCGCGAGGACGAGGGCUUCAUCAAGGAAGAGGAGCGACCUCUGCCAGACCACGAAUUUCAGAGACAGGUUUGGCUUUUGUUUGAGUACCCCGAGAGCUCCGGUCCUGCGAGGGGCAUCGCGAUCGUGUCCGUUCUGGUCAUUUUGAUUUCCAUUGUGAUUUUCUGUUUGGAGACGCUGCCCGAGUUUAGGGACGACAAGGACCCGACUACUGUGUCUCCUAUCGCAAACGUCACUGGCCCGUUCGUGUCCAGCACUUUCACAGACCCUUUCUUUGUAAUCGAGACCCUUUGCAUCAUCUGGUUCUCUUUUGAACUGCUCGUGCGCUUCUUCGCGUGCCCCAGCAAGGCUACUUUUUCCAAAAACAUCAUGAAUAUCAUUGACAUUGUGGCUAUUAUUCCCUAUUUCAUCACUCUGGGGACGGAGCUGGCUGAAAGACAAGGCAACGGUCAACAAGCCAUGUCGCUGGCCAUCCUCCGAGUGAUCCGUCUGGUGAGGGUCUUUCGCAUCUUCAAGCUCUCACGUCACUCUAAAGGCCUGCAGAUCCUUGGCCAGACUCUGAAAGCCAGCAUGAGGGAACUGGGACUCCUCAUCUUCUUCCUCUUCAUUGGGGUCAUCUUGUUUUCCAGCGCCGUCUACUUUGCUGAGGCGGAUGACCCUACAUCCAGCUUCAGCAGCAUCCCUGAUGCUUUUUGGUGGGCUGUGGUAACCAUGACUACAGUGGGCUAUGGAGACAUGCAUCCAGUGACCAUCGGAGGGAAGAUUGUUGGCUCUUUGUGCGCCAUCGCCGGUGUAUUGACCAUUGCGCUGCCCGUACCUGUCAUUGUGUCUAAUUUCAAUUACUUUUACCACCGGGAGACCGAUGGGGAAGAGCACGCACAAUACCUGCACGUUGGCAGCUGUCAGCAUCUCAACUCCACAGAAGAUCUGAAACGGACACAAAGCACGUCCUCCCUCAGCAAAUCGGAAUAUAUGGUCAUUGAGGAAGGAAUAAAUAGUGCUUUCAAACAGCCAAACUACUCCAACCAGAACAAUCAAAACUGCGUGAAUAUUAAAAAGAUUUUCACAGACGUGUAAAUCGUGUACAGUGCCAGACAGUCGUACAAUAAUCACUACGAUGAUGGCACCUCUGCAAACGCAAGGUGCUGCGUUAUUAGGGUACAGCGGGGCUAAAAGUCCUCCACAGCGGAGGACAGUGUGAUUUUAUUGUUCCGGUCGCAAAAUACGAUAUUUUUAUGGAACAUAGAAAGAGAAAUAUAAUUUGUAUAAAAGUAAAUGUUAAAAGUAGCUUGGUUUAAAUGAAAAAACAACAUAAACAAGGCAGCUAGAGGGAAGAAUUUGUCAUCGUAUAUGCAAAUACUUUUAAUAUAGCAAGAUAUUUUAGAGUAACAUUUAAGUGUUUACCCUACAGUUGAAAAGUUUGGGACUGCUUUGAUUAUUCAAGUUAUUUUUAGAGAAGUCUUUUCUGAUCUCAAAUACACUAAAUCAGUGAUAUUGUAAAACUAUAAUUCUGCUGAUUUGAAUAGCAGUGCUGCUUCAUGUUUUUGAGUAGUAGCUGUUAUACAUUGUCAAUCAAAAGUAGCAUUCGUUUUUUUUUUAUUCAUUAAGGACAUGAUCAAACAUUUAUAUAUACAGUUGAAGUCUGGAUUAUUAAACCCCUGUUU